AGUUAGAACUGAGUCUUGAAUUAGCGUGGAGUUGAAAGGUCGCCUAGAAAACAUGGCAGCUUCCAGCAAAUCGUCUGUGGUUUUGAAAGCAGUGAAGCAAGUAAUGGUGCAAAUGUGUCCUUUCGAGUCCAAUGUUCGUUCCACACGAGAGUUUCUCUUCAUGGUGGGCUCGGAGAAGGCCAGGGCCACCAACAUGAACUGCGAGGUCUCCACCGUAGUAAAACACGACAAGUCUGAACCUGUAGUGGACGUCACAUUCACAGAUGGAGAGAGGUUGGUGAUGAAGGGCGCCAAACUCACGGGACAGGAGAUGUUGCAGGCCUUUCAGAGUCGCUGUCUAGCCAAGGACACACAGGCUAAAGCAAAGAAAUAAAUGUAAAUAAUCCUUGUGUUUAAUAUAUUGUGUCGCUUGCUGUGUGUAUAUGCAUUAUGUUUAUAAUAAAUGAAUGUCCUUGAAUGCA